AUGUCUAUUCCCACAAAUGAAGAAAUAUAUCAAAUUCAACAACUUUCAAGAGUAAAAAAUACAGACAAAUGUACUGCAAAAUGGCUUCGUGUAGUUGAUAGAUUUAAUCAUGAAGCCAAUAUAAUUAAAAAAAUUGAUCAAUAUGACACUCAUACGGAACUUGAAGGAUUUUUAUGCAAGUUCAUUACAUGGCUUAAAAAACAAAAUGGCGAAAACUAUAAAGCAGAGUCUGUAUAUAAUUGUUAUGCAUCAUUAGCAAGGUAUUUAAAGGAAGAGUCAGUUAUUAAACCAUGCAAAAUCUGGGAUCAAUAUUCCUUUCCUUUAGCGAUUAAAACCUUAGAUGGUAAAAUGAAACAGCUUCAACUUCAAGGAUUAGGAGAAACUUCACAAGCAGAUUCAUUAACUAGACAAGAAAUUCAACAAAUAUUGGAUCAUUUAUAA